AUGGCACGAAGCAAGCUGUCCGAUGCUUACGAUUCCGAUGUGCCGGACCUGUAUGGGUCGCGAUUGUCCGCGUCGCAGUUGGAAAUGGGGCAGCGAGGCGGCGGUCUCGGCACGCCUACAGGAGCUGUGACCAGCGCUAGCGGAGCGAAAGGAACACAAGAAUCUGUCACUGCUGUGCUUGAUAAGAAUGGACUUGGAUGGCCGGCAAAAUCAACCUUGUCGCGGUUAAACCAAACGCCUGAGGAGGCGAAACAAAAUGAGCUGCGACUUGCCGACGCCGUCACAACGAUCCUGGAAUGCCUCGGCGAGGAUCCUGAUCGCCCCGGGCUGCGCGACACGCCGCAGCGAUAUGCGCGUGCGUUGCUUUGGAUGACGAAAGGUUACGAAGAACAGCUGUGUGAUGUGAUAUCCAAUGCUAUUUUUGAUGAGAACCAUGAUGAGAUGGUUAUUGUACGUGAUAUCGACGUGUACAGUUUGUGUGAGCACCAUCUGGUACCAUUUCGAGGCAAGAUUCAUAUUGGCUAUAUUCCCGACCGCAUGGUCAUUGGGCUCUCCAAGCUUGCACGAAUUGCCGAGACAUUUGCACGCCGACUUUCUGUGCAAGAGCGUCUAACCAGGCAAGUAGCACUUGCGCUGGAUGAAGCGUUGAAACCGCGGGGUGUCGCUGUGGUAAUGGAGGCAGAGCAUAUGUGUAUGGCCAUGCGCGGUGUGCAAAAGCCGGGCGCCAGUACUGUGACGAGUUGCAUGCUCGGUGUGUUCCGCAACCGUGCAAAGACACGAGAAGAAUUCUUGAGUUUAAUUCGGCAUUAA